GCAUUGCACUGCUCCUCAGAUGCUCAGGGGCAAAGCUGUGACAGAAGACCUGUAUUUGUCACCUAAACUUAGACUGAGACAGUGAGUGCGUGCUUUGGUCCAGACUGAGUCAUGUUGAAUCUGCGGUGCAUGAGAGUGAGGAAUGCCCUGGUGAGGGAGUGUAUGGCUGAGUUCCUGGGAACCUUCGUCUUGCUGGUCUUCGGCUGCUCCGCUGCAGCGCAGGUGAAAACCAGCAGCGAGACUAAAGGCCAGUUUCUGUCGGUUAACAUGGCCUUCUCUGUGGGAGUGAUGUCAGCCAUGUAUCUCACAAAGGGCAUCUCAGGAGCCCAUCUGAACCCAGCUGUGACUCUCAGUUUCUGCGUUUUGAGGAAGGUGCCUUGGCGAAAGCUGCUGCCCUACAGUCUCUCUCAGCUGGCGGGGGCUUAUGUGUCAUCGGGGGUCGUCUUUCUGGUCUACUAUGAUGCCAUAAUGGAUUUUAGCGGAGGAGAGCUGACUGUGUACGGCCCAAUGGAGACAGCAUCUAUAUUUGCUACGUACCCCUCUGGAUACAUGACUCUGGGCAGAAGUUUCCUGGACCAGUUAGUGGGCACCGGUAUGCUGAUGCUGUGCAUCCUGGGUUUGGAUGAAAAGAGGAACACCCCGGCUCCCAAUGAUCUGAUUCCUCCUAUAGUGGGAGUGAUUGUUCUGGGGAUCUCCAUGUCAAUGUCAGCAAACUGUGGAGCUGCAAUAAAUCCUGCUCGGGACCUGGGGCCUCGCCUUUUCACACUUACUGCGGGCUGGGGCACCGAGGUGUUCACGUGCUACAACCACUGGUUCUGGGUUCCCAUACUGGCUCCUCUUCUUGGGGGCAUUUUGGGCAGUUUGAUGUAUUUGAUCAUCAUCGACUGGCAGCUGCCUGACCCAGAAACUCCCGACCACCUCUCCACUCUCGCCACCAUCAGUGACAAAAUCGAUCAGCCAACCGGCACAUGGGAAAAAGAACACUACCUGAAGAGUUCACAGUUGUAAUUGCUCCUGAAACAAAAAAAAAACUCUCUCCCAAGUCUUCAUGGCCAGCAUAGAAAGCUAAAAAGUAAUCUGGUUCUGUUUAUGCUAGAUCGGAAUUCAGCUGCUGCUCACGCGCCUCUGUUAUAAAACCCAGGAAAGUGCUUUCCUGUUUAAUCUAAAUUGUUGAGUUCUUGAACUGCGAUAAUAGAGGCGGAGGCAUCUGAAUUUGAUACUGGUAGUGAGAUAAAGCUGUUUGCACUAAUGUCUGUCCUUUGGAAUAUUGAUUCAUUCAUUGUGAAUUGCAUUAUCAUCAUUAAUGAGUUGUUUACUAUUUGUAAAAUGUCUAAUUGAACACUGCACAUAUGCCAGUAGUAGUAAUCUGUUUUAUAUUAAGGUACAAAAAGACCCAACAUGUUCAUUUUCAUCUGUCAUUCCAUCCAUUAGAUCCACAGAACAUACUACAUGCAUGAUUUAUGUAUUUGAACCCAAACUCUUGGUAUGUGACUGUCUUAUUUAUUUGACGCAAUCUGCAAAAUUUGUUUUAUUAAAAUAAACGAUUCUUUUGAUAUUUCA